AUGUGUGAUGCCUCAGAGAAGACAGAAACCAGCGAUGAGCAACCAGAUGAGCAACCAGCCGAGAAAGAAGCUGACACAUCAAAUGUGAUCAUUUGUCACAGACACAAGUGGUCAAGUGAGGAAAAAGAAUUACUAAAACAACUUUUCGCUACCCAAAUAAAAACAAAGAAGUAUCCAUGGAAGAAGUUAGGGAGCUUUGCAAGGGCUACCAAUUGCUUGCAAAAAUUCCUCCUUCCAAGAUAAGGGAUAAAGUUCGAAGCUUCUUCAAGUUGGACAGCACCGAAAGCGAAUCGUCCCUGCCACCACAAGAAGAAGAAGAGUCUGCUGAGGAGAAAGUCAAAGUUUUGGCAUAA